UAAAUCCAUUCAAGAGCAGAUCAUUCAAACCUAUUGAUACAGCCAUUCGCAAUGCGUCCACAAACAGCAUUGUAUGGUGCAUUCUUGAUGCUGACCUGGUCUACUGCAACUGCUGUUAAUCAUCGCUUGUACCCACGACAGGCUGCUGCAUCUCUACCCACUGCUCCACAAGCAUCUUCUGUACCUCACUCACAAGCAACUCCUGCUGCUCCUCCACAGGCAUCUGUAUCUCCUGCUCCUCCAGCUCCUGCACCUGCUCCUGCUCCUACUACGUCAUCUGUUGUACCUGCAUUGCCAUCUGUUGCUCCUUCUCCUACGCAAAAACCAUCAGCUGCUAUAGUUGUGACAACCACCUCCUCUAGUGGACCACAAGCACCUGCUCCAUCGCCUGGACCAGCUACCAUCUCCAAUACUUCUAAUGAACAGGGCAUUACGGGUGGUCCAGUAGCCCCUGCAAGCAAUGGUAGUACUACCGGUUCAUUAACAGGCUCACCCAACCCACCCUCAUCUGAAAUGUCCACAUCAACCAAAGUGGUGCUAAUUGCUGUUGGAUGUGCUGUGUUUGUUGCUUGUGUAGGAAUGUAUGCAUUCCGCAAGUUUGGUCAACUCCGGCCAAGUAAUAUGUUCCGUCAACGACUACGGAACAACGAAACAACAAAUCAUGGCAACACUGGACCAGCUCCUGUACCAAUCCAUAAUGCUGCUGCUAUGGGAAAAAGCAGUUCUGACUUGUACUAUGCCACAGCUCAGAAUGUUCCUAAUCGAUCUGCAGAUCUAAGUAACAUCUAUAGUACAUUACCCAGUGCUGGUGCUGGUGGUCAACCAUAUCAGCAAUACCAGCAUGGAGGGUAUGCACAAUCCGAACCCCAUACUAGUGUACAAUUUGUUCGAGAAUAAAACUCAUUCGCUG